AUCGGGCCGACGGUUUGGGGAGAUUGCUCUUUUACAACCUCCAAAGCACAUUGGAUUUUGGAAACCAUCAGAGAAAGGAAAGAGGUAGCAAGAGCUCCAGAAAGAAGUCAAGGAAGAGAGAGAGAGACGGGGUCAGAGAGAGCGCGCGGGCGAAAGAGCAGCGAGGACAGGGGCAAAGUGAGUGACCUGCUUUUGGGGGAGACUGGCGGAGCGCGUGAGCCCUCCCCCUCGGGAUCCCGCAUCGGACCAGUCGCGCUGACGGACAGACAGACAGACACCGCCCCCAGCCCCAGCGCCCACCUCCUCCAGGGUCGGCAGCCGACGGUGGACGCGGCGGCGAGCCGCCGGCAGGAGCCGGAGCCCGCGCCCGGAGGCGGGGUGGAGGGGGUCGGGGCUCGCGGCGUUGCACUGAAACUUUUCGUCCAACUUCUGGGCUGUUUUCGCUCCGGAGGAGCCGUGGUCGGCGCCGGGGGAGCCGAGCCGAGCGGAGCCGGGAGAAGUGCAAGCUCGGGCCGGGAGGAGCCGCAGCCGGAGGAGGGGGAGGAGGAAGAAGAGAAGGAAGAGGAGAGGGGGCCGCGGUGGCGACUCGGCGCUCGGAAGUCGGGCUCAUGGACGGGUGAGGCGGCAGUGUGCGCAGACAGUGCUCCAGCCGCGCGCGCGCCCCAGGCCCUGGCCCGGGCCUCCGCUGCGGGAGGAAGAGAAGCCCACCGCGGCGCCGAGGAGAGCGGGCCGCCCCGCAGCCCGAGCCGGAGAGGGAGCGCGAGCCGCGCCGGCCCCGGCCGGGCCUCCGAAACCAUGAACUUUCUGCUCUCUUGGGUGCAUUGGAGCCUUGCCUUGUUGCUCUCCCUCCACCACGCUAAGUGGUCCCAGGCUGCGCCCAUGGCAGAAGGAGGGCAGAAACCCCAUGAAGUGGUGAAAUUCAUGGACGUCUUCCAGCGCAGCUACUGCCGUCCGAUUGAGACCCUGGUAGAAAUCUUCCAGGAAUACCCUGAUGAGGUUGAGUACAUCUUCAGGCCGUCCUGUGUGGCCCUGAUGCGGUGUGGGGGCUGCUGCAAUGAUGAGAACCUGGAGUGUGUGCCCACUGAGGAGUUCAACAUCACCAUGCAGAUUAUGCGGGUCAAACCUCAUCAAGGCCAGCACAUAGGAGAGAUGAGCUUCCUACAGCACAGCAAAUGUGAAUGCAGAUCAAAGAAGGACAGAGCAAGGCAAGAAAAAAAAUCAGUUCGAGGAAAGGGAAAGGGGCAAAAACGAAAGCGCAAGAAAUCCUGGUAUAAAUCCUGGAGCGUUCCCUGUGGGCCUUGCUCAGAGCGGAGAAAGCAUUUGUUUGUACAAGAUCCGCAGACGUGUAAAUGUUCCUGCAAAAACACAGACUCACGUUGCAAGGCGAGGCAGCUUGAGUUAAACGAACGUACUUGCAGAUGCGACAAGCCGAGGCGGUGAGCCGGGCUGGAGGAAGGAGCCUCCCGCAGGGUUUUGGGAACCAGACGUCUCACCAGGAAAGACUGACACAGAAUGACCGAUACAGAACCACACCACCACCACCACACCACCACCACCAUCCACAGAACAAUCCUUAAUCCAGAAACCUGAAAUGAAGGAAGAGGAGACUGCGCAAAGCACUUUGGGUCCGGAGGGCCAGACUCCGGCAGAAGCAUUCCCGGGCGGGUGACCAAGCACGGUCCCUCUUGGAACUGGAUUCGCCAUUUUAUUUUUCUUGCUGCUAAAUCACCGAGCCCGGAAGAUUAGAGAGUUUUAUUUCUGGGAUUCCUGUAGACACGCCCACCCACAUACAUACAUUUAUAUAUAUAUUAUAUAUAUAAAAAAUAAAUAUAUAUAUAUAUUUUAUAUAUAUAAAAUAUAUAUAUGUUCUUUUUUAAAUUAACAUUGAUAAUGUUAUUGGUGUCUUCACUGGAUGUAUUUGACUGCUGUGGACUUGAGUUGGGAGGAGAAUGUCCCUACCCAGAUCCCGACAGGAAAGACAAUGGGGCGAAAGACUCUGGCAUGGUCUUUUUGUCCCUCUUAGGGAGGCCAGGGUCCUCUCCCCUGCCUGGGAACAUGCAAGGCCAGGGCACGGGGGCAAAUUUGGCCCACUUUUGGGAACACCGACAAACCCAGCCCUGGCCUUGAGCCUCUACUCUGAGUCAAAUGGACAGAUGGAUGACUGGUACAGGGCCAAGGACGCUGGCUCCCACCAGGAGUUUGGGGAGCCUCAGGACAUUGCUGUGCUUUGGGGAUUCCCUCUACAUGCUGCACAGGCAUCUUGGCUCUAGGGGCACUGCCUGGAAGAUUCAGAAGCCCGGGCAGCCCUCACCUACUCUCACCUGCUUCCAAGUUGCCCGGGAGGCCACUGACAGAUGUCCCGAUGAAGAGAAAGAGACAUUGGUGGAAGAAACAGCCUGGUGAAAGAGCCUUCUCCGGGCCCCCCCCCC